AUGAUCAAGAUUUCAUACUUUAACCACACCGCUACGCUGAAUAUAAAAGUAAAGCUAAACGAAGCAGGAUGGGGGGAAUCUCUCCUGUCUCUGCCAAAAAAAUGGCUCAGCACGCAGAUGUCUGGUGCGGAAGACGACGAAUUUCAGUAUGUGACAGUAGCGAAACUGCCGGUGCCAGACCUGCAGGCGACGAUCGACACCUAUCUCGACUUCACCUCCGUGAUUCUCAACCCUCAACAGCAAGAGAACACCCGAGACCUCGCGAAGAAGUUCAUUGAAGAUGUGGGGCCAAAACUGCAGAGCAUACUCCUGCAGAGGCAAAAGGAAAAAGUUAACUGGGCGAAUGGCGAAGUUUCCCUUCCCAACUCAUAA